UGAUUAUUGUAUCUUGUUACACUUUUUCAUUUCUUUUUCAAAAUACACUAAUAAAGAAAUGAUGAGACGAUGUGGUUUGUAUUCGGAUCGUUUGACCUUUUUGGUAGCGGUGGAUAGACACUUUUUGCGAUCUUUUUGUUCGCAUAUUGUUCAUAACAACUCCCUGAAUCAUUCCAAAAUACUAUAUUGUUGUGGUUAUUUAUCCAAAAGUUGGUUGCUUUUGAAAGCUUUGUCAAUUGCUCCGAAGCGACAAACGUCGUCCAUAAGUUUGACCCAAAGGCUCUUUUGCUCUACCCAAUCUACUGGUGAAAACUCUAUGAAGAUGGAAGCGAUAGAUAGAAACGAGUUGGAGGUUGCUUGUGAAGAAUUGUCCAAUAUGAAGCGUACAAUGAAAGCAAAAGUUCCUAAAGGUGCAAGAGACUUCCUUCCUGAACAAAUGGCUAUUCGUGAAAAGGCGUUUCGAAUAGUCACCAAAGUAUUUGAUCGUCACGGAGCGGUUGCUAUUGAUACUCCAGUAUUUGAGUUGAAGGAAACUUUGACAGGAAAAUAUGGAGAAGACUCCAAACUUAUUUAUGAUUUGGCAGACCAGGGUGGUGAACUGUUAUCACUGAGAUACGACUUGACAGUGCCUUUGGCUCGAUUUUUAGCCACCCAUAAGAUAAACAACUUGAAAAGAUAUCAUAUAAGUAGAGUAUAUCGACGAGAUAAUCCAGCUAUUCAAAGAGGACGCUUUAGAGAGUUUUAUCAAUGUGACUUUGAUAUUGCUGGUACCUUUGCUAGAAUGGUUCCUGAUGCAGAGGUCAUUAAAGUGCUUUGUGAAGUGUUGGAUGAAUUGGCAGUAGUAUCGUCCUUUCAUGCAAAGGUUCUUUCUAGUUAUAAAAUCAAAGUGAACCAUCGCGGUAUAUUGGAUUCCAUAUUUGAGUUGUGUGGUGUUCCAAAAGAGAAAAUGAGGGCAAUUAGCUCUGCAGUGGACAAAUUGGACAAGGAAUCUUGGAGCAGUGUUCGGUCUGAGAUAGUAGAAAGGAAGGGAUUGGAUCCUUUUAUAGCAGAUAAAAUUGGAAGUUAUGUACUUCGCCGAGAUAAUCCACAAAGGAUGCUAUCAUCCUUAUAUGAAGAUUCUCAACUUUCUUCCAUGGCACGUUCAUCUUUAGAAGAUAUGGAACUUUUAUUCAAGUAUCUUGGAGACUUGGGAGUAGGUGAUUGUCUUAUAUUUGAUCUUUCAUUGGCAAGAGGAUUGGACUAUUAUACUGGAUUGAUAUUUGAGGCAGUUUUGACAACAGAUAGCAACACUUCAUUAGGUUCUAUUGGUGCCGGUGGUCGUUACGAUAACUUGGUGGAUAUGUUUUCGAGUCGUUCAGUUCCUUGUGUUGGCUGUUCACUUGGUAUUGAAAGAAUAUUGACGAUAUUUGAAGCUGCUGAGAAAGAAUGGGCCACUUCAUUGGGUCGAAAAAUAAAAGCUAACAAGACUCAAGUAUUGGUUGCUUCUAUUGGAGAACAAAUGAUAGGAGAACGAAUGAAACUAGCGAAUGAAUUAUGGAAAGGGAAUAUUGCAGCAGAGUUUUCUUAUGCAGAGAAACCGAAAUUAAAUAAACAACUACAACAUGCUUUGGAAGAAGAGAUACCGUUGCUAGUUAUCAUUGGAGAGGAUGAACUGAAAAAAGGAAUGGUCAAUCUAAAGAUUCUUGCGACAAACGAACAAAGGGAAGUAAACAGAACCGAUAUCGUGUCAGCUAUUAAACAAGCUUUGAAUCUCAUACAAGUUGCUGCUGAUUCAUAAAAUAGAAUUUUUUAAAAAGUAAAUUCUUUUUGUAUAGA